UGUACUUACAACUUCACCUCUCUCUCUCUCUCUCUCUCGCCUAUGCCCAUACCACCGAGCUGAACAAAGUCCGACCCGACUCCGAUUUCUGUUCCUUUCGUCCAGGUAUCUAAUCAGAGAGAAUAGAGGACUUCUACCAUGGGUGAGGCUCAAUUUGGUGUUCACAUUACCCCCAGGUUUUUUAAUAUGCUUACUGAAGACAUUGAGGUAUCAACGAAGAAAACCAGAAGAACUAAACCUAAGGUACCCCGAGAGCCUCAGCAGCCCCAACUGAAGAUAAACCAGAAAAAGGUUUCUGAUGAUUCUGAACCACUCAAAGGGUCAGGUGCUGAAGGAUGGCCUUUCCAGCCCCCUGUACACAUUCCUUCUCAGUCUACCAAUGCGGACUUGGAUACUAUCAGAUCUGUUCUUCAAAAGAGUGAGGAAGUUGUGGAGCGUUUGAAGCAGCAGGAGGAGAACAUGGCACAUGAGGUGACACAAAGAGCGAAGGAGCUUCGUGACAAGGAGUUUAAGCUCCCAUUCCAGGAGUCUAUGCCCUGCUUAGCUGAGACGGAUGGCUGCGCGAAUUGCUACAAGGAGCAUGGGAAGGAGGAUCUUCUCAAGUGUGCUGGUCUUGCUAAAAGUUUAGCAGAUUGUGCUCGCAGAGUUAGGCAGCAGGUCGGUUCGGGAAACAAGUAAUGCUUUUGGGGAAUUUUCCUGGUCAUAUACGCAAGUGCAAGCUGAUCUCCAAGAUUUUUGUAGUGGAAAAUAAACCAAUUAAUUGGUAUCCCCAUUUUUGGAUUGCUUGCGAUGUUCUCAUACUGUAGUUGCAGUCUUGAACUAUGCUAAACUGUUUUUUAAAUUCACUGAGUGCAAGUGAAAUUGUUCACUAUCUUAAAUUGGACAUUAUUGGGUUAGUACUCACUAUCUGAGUA